AUGUGUUACAUAAAAGGUGAUGAAGUGGGACUGAGCCAUUACUGUGCUGCUGUGAGCUGUUUCCACACCACUGACCAACGGAGGGGAGCACACACUCAACAGAUUCAUUCAUCUCAAGGCAGGCUGAACAGAAAGAUGGCGGCUUCCCUGCUGAGGAUAGGACGACUGGGCUGUGUCAAGUGUUUGCAUUCUGAGAGUUGGAGUAUUCUCAGCAGAGCACCUGCAGCUGCAGCCUUUAGCACAAAAUCCGGGGGCAACAAGAAGUCAUCUAAAAAGAACAGCUCAGACAAAAACAAGGCUAAAACGUACUUCGAUAUAGAGAAACUUGUCCAGCACAAGGCCUUUGAGUUGCCCAAGAAAGAGGUUUCUCCAGUGGCCGUCGCUGCAGCAGCAGCAGCUUCUGCAGCUCAACCACCCGCAGAGCCAACACCCUCUGCUCCUGCACCUGAGACUGUGGCAACUACCCCUGUGAUAGAGGCCACCGCCCCAGUUGUGGAGCCCUCUCCCACUGCUGAAGUUAUUUCCGACCUAGCCUCAGCAGCUGAAGCCAAAGCUGUUGUUGAAGCACCUCCCACUGUCGAAGCAGUUUCUGAAUCUGCCCCAGCAGCAGAAGCUGCACCUGCUGAAGCUGCACCUACUGAAGCUGCACCUGCUGAAGCUGCACCUGCUGCAGAGGCUGCACCUACUGAAGCUGCACCUGUUGUUGAAGCUGCCGCUGAAGCUGCACCUGUUGUUGAAGCCACACCUGUUGUUGAAGCUGCCGCUGAAGCCGCACCUGUUGUUGAAGCUGCCGCUGAAGCCGCACCUGUUGUUGAAGCCGCACCUGUUGUUGAAGCUGCCGCUGAAGCCGCACCUGUUGCUGAAGCCGCACCUGUUGUUGAAGCUGAAGCUGCUGCAGAGGCAACUGCAGCUCCUGUUGACACUGUGGUCGCAGAGGCUGUAGCUGAAGCCCCUGCUGUUGCAGCAGCACCAGCCCCAGAACCUGCUACAGCAGAACCUCUUGACGAAGUGGCUCCUGAAGCCCCUGCUGUUGAAGCAGCACCAGUUGGAGAAACAACCCCUGAAGUUGUCCCUGCUGAAGCGGCACCUGUAGACGUGGCCCCAGAGUGUAUGGCUGAAGCUGCUGCUGCUGACGUGGCUGCAGAGACUGCAGCUAAAGUUUCUUCCCCUGUGGAGAGCGCCGAGGAGCUGGUGGACCACGCUCCAGUCGUAGCUGAAGCUGCAGGAGAGGAGCUGCAGGCAGAGGCUCCAGCUGAACCAGUUGAACCAUCUGAGGCUCCUAUGGACCCCAUUCAGAAGCUCUUCCUGGACUCCAUACGAGAAUACUCCACAAAAAGCCAGGCUGCUGGGGGGCUGGUCGAUGCAGGCUCAGAGUAUGAGAAGGCUUUGGCAGAGGAAAUAGCAAAGCUUCAGAGACUCUAUGGUGGAGGAGACCUCACAUCUUUCCCAGAGUUCAAAUUCACAGAGCCCAAGUUUGAUGAGGUCUCCCAGAAGUGAAGAACAGCACUUUGUAAUGACUCUUUUUCUACUGUUGCCGUCUUCCUAUCCAUCUGUGCUCCAUAGUGGAACUUUACAGUGUGCUUCCUGUGACUGUCACAACACACCCCGGCCUCCUGCGCUCUGUGUGACAAUAGUGCUGCUUCAAUAGAUAUUUCAUAGGAAAGCUAAAGCGUUAGCUGUACAUAUUCAGCAGACACAGUGAACGUAGUGCUGUGACAUGAGCUUUGUGCAGAUUGAUCCAUGGCUGUGAAGAGAAACAAUAAAUCCUAGUUCAUAUGUG